AUCAACCGCAAGUUCCAUCAUUCAGUCGGAUAUUGAGGAUUCGGAUUAUGCGGAGAACAGCCCGGAAGCCGAGAUAAUAGCACGCGGCCGACUAUCUGGCAGAGUGUACAAGGAAUAUUUCCACCACGGCGGCAACUACUUUACCCUGUUCAUGUUGCUGCUGCUCUUCGUUAUCAGUCAGGUUGCCACCACAGGGAAUGAUUACUGGCUUUCGUAUUGGACCAACUUGGAGACUGUCAGGCACAUUAACAACACUAGUGAGGCCAAAGAGUUCGCAAACAUGUACAACGACAGUUUCCUUGGGUCGAUCUUUACGCUGAACUCAGACGGCCUGCUCAGUACUGUAGAUGCUAUAUACGUAUACACAUUCUGCAUCAUCGCCUGUACUGUUACCACUCUGCUCCGGAGCUUCCUCUUCAUGAAAAUCUGCAUGAACUCGAGCUGCAACCUGCACAACUCCAUGUUCUCCAAUCUGGUACAGGCGCGCAUGUCCUUCUUCCACACUAAUCCUUCUGGGAGAAUUUUAAAUAGAUUUUCGAAGGACAUGGGCACCAUGGACGAGUACCUGCCCAAAGUCAUGUUAGAGGCGCUCCAAGUGUUUUGCGUAGUAUGCGGUAUAUUCACCAUGGAAGCGAUAAUUAAUCCAUGGAUGCUCAUACCGAUAGUAGUACUGGUCAUCUUGUUUUACUUCGCGACGAUAUUCUACCUGAAAACCGCUCAAAACGUCAAACGUCUCGAAGGCGUAACCAAGAGCCCGUUAUUCUCGCAUGUGAAUGCUACGCUGAACGGCCUGCCGACGAUUAGAAGUGGCGGCGUCAAAAUCGAGAAGAUGAUGCGAAAACAGUUCGACGUGUUACAAGACCGUCACAGCGGCACGUGGUACCUCUUCUUAUCAAGCUCGUCAGUCUUCGGUAUCUUUACCGAUCUAAUCAUGUGCCUGUUCCUUGCCGUGCUUUGCUUCUCCCUAGUAUUGAUGAGCAAAAAUGACAGUGUAGAAGACAGUCAGGUAGGUCUGGCAAUAUCGCAAUCGUUGAUCUUGAUCGGUUGCUUGCAAUACGGCAUAAAGCAGUCCACCGAGACGAUGUCGCUGAUGACCUCCGUAGAAAGAGUUCUUCAGUACACAAAUCUUCCCCAGGAGGGACCCAUUACCUCGGACAAUC